AUGUCUGGUAACCCUGGUUCCUCAAAGGAUCGUGGCCGAGAGUCGAGUCAAGCAACCUCCAGACCCGAGUCGAUACCAAGCUCUCGUCAAACCACUCCGCCCACUCCCAUGUUGACUCUCGCCGUGUCUCCGCUCGUCACAGCAGGCAAUGGGCAGGGUCUCGGUGCCUUCGCUUCGCAAAGAAUCAAAGCCGGCGAAGUCAUCAUCGAAGAGAAGCCACUCCUUACCGCCGACGUGACUCUUUGGAGUGAUGAUACGUCGCCACGGAGCAUUGUCGACGCCUUUGCGGACAUGUGGCCAGAUCGUCAGGAGUACUACCUGAACAGGUAUACCUACGUGGCAGAUGAGCGCAAGCUUCUCGAUUACGCGACGGCGUACACAGCAGCAGCGAAUGUGGAGCUCCCGACCAAGCAGGAGAAGCUGAAGAUUGGCAAGGUUUUUGCGAUCUUCUACAACACUGCCGCUUCCUUCGGGAACUUUGACAGUGGCUUUGGCAAGGACCUUCCACGUCUCAACCACUCGUGUGUUCCGAAUGCUGCACACAUCUUUGACGAGACCAGAAAGCGCUCCGUCGUCCGUGCCAUUCGAGACAUACCGGCUGGACAGGAGAUCCUUCUCUCGUACGUUCCCGAAAUCGCGCCCAAGAACGUCAGAGCGUUAAAGCUGGAACCAUAUGGCUUCACCUGUACUUGUCUUGCGUGUGGCGAGAACGACUACGCGAACCGGACGGAGGCCCGUAGGAAGGAGCUCUGGAAGCUUCAAAGCCAGAUCGAUACCCUGGAGUUUUCUGAGGGUUCGGAACAUGAAGAGGCUGUUGUCGACACCGAAGCUCCAUCGCUGGAAGAUAUACCAGACAUGUUGGCGCUAAUGGUGAAGCUGAUGAAAGGCGAGCCGGCAAUGCAGGUCGCCAGAGGAGAAACGGCUUACAAGCUAGGCAAGCAGUGUUCUCAGAUGCAAGAGCUGGCCUUAGCAAAGAAGUGGUUGGAAUUCGCUCUGCCGCUUCUGACCUUGUGUCGCGGCGAGAACGAUUCUCUUACGAAGGACUGCGUUCGUAUGCUGGGAAAGCUUCCAGCGUCACGGCAUGGUCUCUAA